AUGGACCCAAGCUCGGUAUUAGAGCAGACGACUCAGGAUGUUUCAAAUCUUCCAUCCGAGUUUCAUCACAUCUUGAAUGAAAUAAGGUCCUUGGACACAGAGAUUUAUGAUGUGCGAAAAAAGACAUCGAUGAAGGAUUCACAGAUGCAAAAAUACAUUAAACAGAAUGGUUCGUUAUCUGUGUAUAGCAAGGAGGAGGAGUUUACUGAUAAAAUAAGGGAUGAGAUCUCGCAUUGCAAAAAGCUGCAAAUGAAGAAGUGCACCAUGGCCAAUACAGCGUUAUUUCUGGUGACGAAACACUUAGCUAAGUUGGAGAAGAGCAUCAUUAUCUUAGAGGAAGACGGUUUACUGGCGCCCUUGGAAGACGAAACGGACAGCUUUGGAGAGUAUUCGAGGGAGACCUCUGUAAUGAGUUCCGGCGAAAGACGGAAAAGAAAACCAGCAUCGUCAGGUUCGAACAAUACUAGCGUCAAAAGAAGGAAGCCAACCAGAACGGCUCCAAGCAAACUACAGGAUCAGGAACAGGAAGCGCCUAUGCAGAUAGCGCAGAGCGCAGGUAAUCAUACGGAGAAAGAACGACAAAAUACGGUAUCCAAAAAGCCCACGAAUGAGAAUUCGCUCUCUUUGGUUAACAGGGAUACUAAUUUUGACUUGCCUGAUGCCAAUGAUGAUCUGUUUUCAAGUAUAAAUACUAAUGAAGAGGAAGACAAAACACUGUACUGUUUUUGUCAAAGUGUGUCCUACGGGGAAAUGGUUGCAUGCGAUGGAGAACAUUGCAAGUUCGAGUGGUUCCAUUACAGCUGUGUCAAUUUGAAGGAGCCCCCAAAGGGAGCAUGGUUUUGUCCCGAUUGUAGGCAACAGAUGAACAAACGACAAUAA